UGAUUCGUUGUAAUUCGAUGAUCCAAUGAAUAUAAUUGGCAAAUACACAAUGUUCUGGCCACCGUGGAAAUGCAUGCUCAACUCAACGCGGUGUGUUUGAUUUUGCCCGUGCUGUUUAGCCUUUUUUGCUUAUCGGUGUUGGUGUUAUUGACUGGACUUCGCCCAUAUUAAUCGGGUGCGGGCAACUGUUAUCAAGUGUACUGCUUCACACCACCACACAACACCACAAUGAGCUGCGAGAAGCCAAUCUGCCGGCCAAAAAACUCCAGGAGGCUGGUGCCAGGGAACCUCACUCAAAGUGCCUGUGUGGAUGGAUCUGAAAACCCAGAUAAACAGUACAAUGGAAGGGCAGAGGUCUUCUUUGAGCCUCCCAGUUCACCAAAGGAAGAUACCAGACCCUUAAGAGAAAGAUGCCUUGACAAAAGAACCAUGGACUUGAAGCAGACUGGUGGCAUUGUCAAGAUUAAGGGUGGUCAGAUGCAGUUUGGCAGGCACAGAGAGGGCGUAAUUUGUCCGGGAAAGGUUGCUCAGGAUAAGGGCGACCUGGAAUGGAGUCAUAAGCACGCGCAGACGUCGCUGCCGUCGACGGGAGACUCGGCUGACUUGUUCCCGGACGCCGAGCCGCCGGCGCUGGCGGCGCCCGAGUUCAACACGACGCUGCGCCUGGCCGGCCGCAUCCGCCGGCUGGAGCAGCACGAGCCCGACCUCAGCCGACUGGUGGAGCAGCGACUGCGCCAGUGUCCCUGCGCCGCCCAGCAGCUGCGCGACGCGGCCUACAGCCGGCUCAACUACGGCCGCUCCGAGUUCCAGUACGGCAACUUAGUACCCAUCGAAGUAGACGAAUCCAUUCUGAUCCGAGAAAUUGAAGCGCGAAAACAGGCGCGCGUGGAGGCGUACCGGCCGGUGGUGGGCAGCCGGCGGCCGGGGCCGGACGUGCGCGACCUGAUGCACCUGGCUGUGCAGCACGAGUUCCCGGUGCCGCCCGAGCCGGCCGCGCUCAUCGCCCGGCCGCCGGCGCCGCGGCCAGUCGGCUACGACCAGAUGGCGCGGCGUGCCUCGCAGCGGCACGCGCAAAUGUUCGGCGCGCACCCGCAAUGAGGCGGCACCACUCGGCCGCGGGCCCGCGCAGGGCGAGCACGCUGGAUGUGGUGGUCGGGAUACCGUGGUGAUAUGAGUGUUGCGUCUUGGAAAUUCAUGUACAAAUAUAGUGACCCGCUAUCUCGGAUUUUGAUGAUUCAGUCACGCGUUUCAGCCGUUGCCGGCAGGUGAAAUCGACUUAGUGCAGGACUGGCCGUUGAUUGUGUUCCCAAUCCCCUCGCUAUGCAACACACUUUAGAGGACGCUUGCAUUUAUUGCCGAUGACCACCCCGGCGGCGUGAAGUGCAUUCACCACGACCCUGCUGAGGAUCUGCAUGACGACUGGACAGGCAUCGACAAAUACAAUGAAUUCACGGCUAUA